AUGAGCCAGUCCAGUUCCACACGCUCUAUGAGCCUGAUGUGUUUCAUCACCAUCACUGUCGCCCUGUUUCUGUUGCUUGUUACAACCACCCAUGCUAGGAUCUUAGACCAAAAUCAACAAAUAAGCUUUCCAGAACAAUUCUCAAUUCCCCAGAAUGCUUACCCAGACCAAGAACAAGAACAAGAAAGAAGCUUUGCAAGCCAGUUCUUGAUUCCCCAUAAUGCUGCACGGUCCAAGGUCAGAGUGCCACCAUUGGUGUGGAGCGCAAAGCUAACACGCUACGCACAGUGGUAUGCAAACCAGAGAAGCAAUGACUGCGCCCUUGAGCAUUCCAACGGGCGAUACGGUGAGAACCUAUUCUGGGGUGGCGGAGCUGGGUGGACCCCAGCACAAGCUGUCAAGCUUUGGGCCGAAGAGGAGCAAUAUUACGAUUACAAUCUUAAUUCUUGUGAUGAAGGACAAAUGUGUGGUCAUUAUACUCAGAUUGUGUGGAACAACACUAGGAAGGUUGGCUGCGCUAGCGUUGCCUGCUCUGGUGAUCAGGGUACCUUCAUCACUUGCAAUUAUCAUCCUCCUGGCAACUACAUUGGAGAAAGACCUUACUGA